AUAGGAUGUGUAGAAUUACAGAACUGAAUAGCCUAACGGAAACGAAUGUGUAGAAAUCUGCCCCUCCAAAAUAGUAUGUUAGGUAUUCUGUGGUCAGGAGACUUGUCUCGACACUUGAAGGUUUGGAGUUGGAUAUUCGAUACAUCCUGUGGAACUCAACUCCCCUUUGUCAUUUGAUUUCCACUAAACCAUCACUGCCCAACUCCAUGUGCUACAGGCACGGUCACUGAAAGGCACUUGCCGGAGUGUCGAGGUGUAUGAGGUGUGAUGGCGUCGUGCUCUGAGGCCUGUAACUCAGGGUCUGGAUGUGGGGCAGGGUCCUCAGGCUGUGAGGUAGGUUCUAGCUGUGCCUGUCCGCAGUUUGGGGUGCGUUCCUACCUGCACCAUUUCUAUGAGGGGUGCAGCACUGCAUCAGGGUGGGCGAGAGACCCUGAGGGAGUGGGGGACGUCCAGACCUUGAGAUCACCCCUGAGGUGGAGCUCAGCACUCUGGAAGGUCUCUCUGGCCCUUGGUCUCCUGAUGGUGACCUCUGGUCUGGUCAGUCUGUCCGCGGGUUACUCCGGCCCCACCAGGAUCGAGUCCUUCGGGGAGGGGGACCUCCUCUUCAUAGACACCCAGGCUGUCAGUUUUAACAGGGGUCUGCAUCACUGCGUGGCGGCCGGGAUCGGUCUCACCUGCCUGGGAACGGGUCUGACCGUGGCGGGCCUCCUUUUCUGGUCCUUCUCCAGGAGCCGAUUGAAGGAGAGGCUAUAUCGGAGAGAGAAGAAGGGAGGGGUGGAGUGUGGAAAGAAGGGAGGGAUAGAGGGGGGGGCACAGGGAGGAGGACAGGGGGAGAUGGGGACGGCUGUUAUGAAGGCCCCUGGAGCAGGGAAGGGUAAGGUGCCUGGCACCCUGACCAAAGUGGAAACGGUCCAGCCAUCAGGAAGAGAAUCCCCAUAGGGUUUAAAAGGUCUUUAUGUGGUGCACAUGUGUCCUCUUUUAAAAUGAGCUGAAUUUAGUCAAAUCACACAUGUUGAAAAGUCUAUAAGCUAUUUAGAUAAUGGUCACACAUGUUGAAAAGUCUAUAAGCUAUUUGAAUGGUGGUCUUGAUAAGGAGUGAUUUGGUACAACUCUCAUACAUUUGUUCUUUGAAUUUACUCGUCAAUGAUUUUUGCAUCGUGUUCCACCUCACUGUUGUAAAAUAUAACAAAUGGACUUUUCUCAUGUCAUUUUAGAACAAAUUGGAGGACCAAUUUUACUCAAUUCAACAGCACUUUUUCUCCUAAGAUGAAUUGUGUGUUGGGUAAAGCAAUCCGUGUGGAAUUGACUACAUACAAUGCAUACAUGAAUAUACUGUAUAUAUAUAUAUAUAUAUAUAUAUAUAUAUAUAUAUAUAUAUAUAUAUAUAUACUAUAUUAUCACAUGAUUUACAGUGGAUGUGUUUACUCACAUGCGUAAACACACCGGCCCCAUUGAGCAUUAUACCCAUUACCUGUACUCCUGUACUCACGCACCGAACCAACAACCUUCUCUCUAAUUGGUCAAUUUAUUCCAAGCUCUUAUUGGCCAUCAAUGCAUGUCCAUGUCCAUCAAUGCACUGACGUGAACGCAUGAACAGGUAGAAGCAAUGUAAGGGAAAGCGUACUGGGAACUUGCUUACACUCGUCCAAUUCUUUAUCGAUGUAGUGUAGAUGAAGGGAAGGAGAUGAGGAAAGGAAACAGCUGAAGCACAUUGAGAUACAGCCUGUGUGAAGUGUCUAAGUUCAACUGUGGUGAGGAACCUUGUUAACAUUUCAAACGAUCAUGAUGUUGAGUGAAGUGAAUAGGUGUAGUAUAGUAUAUACCUGUAUAGUAUAGCUGCAUAGUAUACAUGUAUGGUAUAUACCUGUAUAGUAUAUACCUGUAUCGUAUACCUGUAUGGUGUAUACCUGUAUAGUAUAUACCUGUAUAGUAUACCUGUAUGGUGUAUACCUGUAUAGUAUAUACCUGUAGAGUAUAUACCUGUAUAUUAUAGCUGCAUAGUAUACAUGUAUGGUAUAUACCUGUAUAGUAUAUACCUGUAUAGUAUACCUGUAUAGUAUACCUGUAUGGUGUAUACCUGUAUAGUAUAUACCUGUAUAGGAUAUACAUGCAUAGUUUAUACCUGUAUAGUAUAUACCUGUAUAGUAUACCUGUAUACUAUAUACCUGUAUCGUAUAUACCUGUAUAGUAUACCUGUAUAGUAUACCUGUAUGGUAUAUACCUGCAUAGUAUAUACCUGUAUAGUAUACAUGUAUGGUAUAUACCUGUAUUGUAUAUACCUGCAUAUUAUACCUGCAUAGUAUAUAUCUGUAUAGUAUAUACCUAUAUAGGAUACCUGCAUAGUAUAUACCUGUAUAGUAUACCUGUAUGGUAUAUAACUGUAUAGUAUAUACCUACAUAGUAUAUACCUGUAUAGUAUACCUGUAUGGUAUAUACCUGUAUAGUAUAUACAUGCAUAGUAUACCUGUAUAGUAGACCUGUAUGGUAUAUACCUGCAUAGUAUAUACCUGUAUAGUAUACCUGUAUGGUAUAUACCUGUAUGGUAUACCUGUAUGGUAUAUACCUGUAUAGUAUACCUGCAUAGUAUAUACCUGUAUAGUAUACCUGUAUGGUAUAUAUCUGUAUAGUAUAUACCAGUAUAGUAUACCUGCAUAGUAUAUACCUGUAUAGUAUAUCUGUAUGGUAUAUACCUGCAUAGUAUACAUGUGUGGUAUAUACCUGUAUAGUAUAUACCUGUAUAGUAUACCUGUAUAGUAUAUACCUGCAUAGUAUAUACCUAUAGUUACCUGCAUUGUAUAUACCUGUAUUGUAUAUCUGAAUAGUAUACCUGUAUAGUAUACCUGUAUAGUAUGUACCUGUAUAGUAUAUACCUGUGUGGUAUACUAUAGUAUAUACCUGUAUAGUAUAUACCUGUGUGGUAUACUAUAGUAUAUACCUGUAUAGUAUAUACCUGUGUGGUAUACCUGUAUAGUAUAUACCUGUGUGGUAUACUAUAGUAUAUACCUGUAUAGUAUAUACCUGUGUGGUAUACUAUAGUAUAUACCUGUAUAGUAUACCUGUAUAGUAUAUACCUGUGUGGUAUACUAUAGUAUAUACCUGUAUAGUAUAUACCUGUGUGGUAUACUAUAGUAUAUACCUGUGUGGUAUACCUUUAUGUGAGAAUUGGAGUGGAGCAAACGGUUGUCUGCUGAAUAAACCUCUGAUCUGCAAACUUU